AUGAAGCGACGACAAAGAAACAGAGACACCCAUGAUGAGGACAUGGCUGCAGCUAUUAAGAAUAAGGAUCCACAUCCUGAAAUCAAACCGCCGGACUCACCUUCACCAUCAUCAUCCUCUCCUCUUCCUCCUUUAGCCAUGCCACCUUCUACAUCAACCUCAACCCUCCUGGCCCUGGCCUCUCCAGCCACCCGGCGCUCCAUUUCCAUGGGAGACUUCCGGAGGGUAACAGGGGCGCUGCUAGCUGGUUCUGAGCCCCCAUCCACCUCUGCCACGGCCCCCUCAUCCAAACUGGUCACCCCAAGCUCUAGCAUGGAGUUCGAGGCGGCUCGACGGCGCCUCCUGGAGGUGGAGGAGCGUCAACGCGUCAUCAGAGAGAUGGAGCGGCGACUGGAGGAGCUCAGGGAGGUGUUCGUGCGCUCGGAGGAGGAGGUUGUGGUUCACGGGGAGCUGGUGUCGCGGAUUACUACCGCAGCCCAGCAGGGGGAGCUAUACGUGGCGGAGAACGGACAACGGCUGAAGAAAGGCCUCAAGUUCAAGAAGCAUCGACCCACCAUUGUGUUCUCUUCUAUGCUGGGACUCCGCACGUGCCUCCCCUGGCCCGUAAAACUCAAAUAG